AUGAAGAUCUUUUGUCUUUUUAUUAUUGCUCUGGGUGUUGCUAGCGCAAGAGACUAUCCUCUUUUUAAAUAGUGUGAUUCCUAGUGGGGAAGUGAAGAACUCGGUCCAGGUCCUAAGACAAUUUGUAAAAUUGGCUGCCUUGUUUCAAGUGUUUCAAUGGCUUUAUACUCUUACGGAAUAUAACUUAAUGGAUAAGACUCAAAUCCUGGUACUUUAAAUUCAUGGUUGUAACAAAAUGGAGGAUUUUCAGCUUAAUUAUUUGUUUGGGGAUCUGUUUCUAAACUUGGAUUCGAUUUCUAAGGAAAAGUCCCAGCAGUAAGUGCUAAGGAGGCCCUUGAUUAAGGAAAAGUUGUCAUUUUAAAUGUUAGAGAUGGUUAACAUUGGGUACUAGCUACCAGUUAUGAUGGAGAUGUUUUCUAAGUAAAUGAUCCUGGCUUCAAUGUAUCAACUUAUACAACCUCUGAUGUAACUCAAGCAUCUGUUUUCCAAGUUAAUAAUGGUUACUUUUCGAAAGCUUAUAACUAUAUCAAAAACUUCUUCAAUUGA